AUGAAUGAGACCACUCCUUCCCCGAGUCCCGCACCGGUCCCCAAAGCUUCGCCCGGCUCAAAACCCUCACCAUCACCGACUGCCGGCACAAAACGCAAGAGAAAUACCCCAGCCAAAUACUACGCCGUCAAGGCAGGCCAUAAACCGGGUAUCUACUAUGGGUGGAAUGACUGCCUGGCUCAAAUAACGGGGUUCAAGGGAGCAAUAUUCCAAUCAUUUCCCUCACAAGAAGCAGCGAACGCGUUUUUGAACGGUGUCAAGCUUCCGACGAGCGCUUCCUCAGCCGCGGAGACUAGAUUCUACGGGAUCCAACGAGGUCGAGUCCCAGGCGUAUACACGGACUGGACCAAAGCACAAGAACAAAUUCGUGGGUUUGCCCGGCCUCGAUAUCGCAAGUUCUCGACCCGUGAGGAGGCAGAGGACUUUGUGCGGGAAGGACAGAAACUAGUUCCCGCAGUCGGAUUUGGCGUACCGUCUGGCGCCCACGGAAUCGAGACUGAAGCACCAAAAGAAGCCGAAGUGGUCGGGUUUGCACCUGGUGAUGGCCCAUUGCCCCAGGGAGCUGAAGAUGGCUUUGACCCUAAUGUGCUUCUAGAUCCGGCUACUGGCAAAGUGGUGUACAAGACCACAACCCAGAAGGCAGCAACAAAGACACAAUCCACAGGAAUUCCGGGAAUGCUCCGGAUAUACACAGAUGGAAGUUCAUUAAGGAAUGGCACCCCAUUAGCAUCGGCCGGAGUAGGGGUAUACUUCGGGCCUGACGAUCAAAGAAAUGUCUCGGAGCCACUCAAAGGCAGCCGUCAAACAAAUCAACGCGCCGAACUGACAGCCAUUCUUCGGGCCAUUGACAUUGCCCCCCGGCACCGAGAUGUAACUAUAUUCACCGAUAGUCGAUAUGCGAUUGACUGUGUAACGGUGUGGUUUGUCAACUGGCGUCGCAAUAAUUGGAUGACUCGUGAUAAUAAGCCAGUUGAGAACAAAGAUUUGAUUGAGUCAAUUCUUGUGAAGAUCGAGGAACGCAGUGAUCUCAAGGUCAACACCUUGUUCGAAUGGGUCAAGGGCCAUAAUAAAGACCCUGGCAAUGAAGAGGCCGAUCGUCUAGCGGUCAAUGGAGCCCACCAGGGCGUGUCUGCCAAGGCAGAGGCGCUCGAGGUUGCCCAAGAUGUGCCUGACGAGGUUUUUGACGAAGACUUUUAA